GUCGAGUUCAAGAACGUGCAUAUAUUCAUUCGAAAAAAAUACGAAUUCUUUUGGUCUAAGAACAAUUGAAACCGACUAAUUUUUACAUUGCCCGAGAAAGAUCAUCAGUUGCAGUGCGCAUCGAGUGCAGUGAUCAUCGUUCGGUCCUGGUAGUUCUUAACGGAGCAUGGGUGGCUUGACUCAGAGGCCCUGGACACCCACCAAGAGACGAGGCCCAAUCGCCGCGGAAUUUGUUACUCCGGGUCCGGCAUGCGUUGCUCUACCGCCUUUGACUGGUAAAACGAUGACAGAUUCGAAAAAGGGUAGAGCCCCAGCCUUUUCGUUUGGAAGCAGGCACUCAAACAAAAAUGAUAGUCCAGGACCAGGACCAGGACAAUACAAUGUUUCUGGUCUAAGUUCGAAAGGAAAAGAUGCUGCACCAUCGGUUUCGUUGCAUGGACGAACAAAGACUGGAAAAAUUGAAAUUACUCCUGCCCCGGGUGAUUACGAUCCGCAAAAAGCCGAAAAAAUGAUUGCCGAUACUUCGCCAAAAUUUUCUUUUGGUAUUAAAACGCAAACCGAAAAAGUCGAUCAUACUCCCGCACCAGGAGCCUAUUAUCCCGAAAAAUUUCAUUUUAAUAAAUUACCAGAAUAUAGCUUUGGAGGCACUAAACCGUUGGACAAAAUUGAAGAUUCUCCAGCACCAGGUACUUAUUCACCCUCGUUGGGAGAACUCGAUUGUAGUCCGAGAUACAGUUUUGGUCGUCGAACAUCUAUUAAUAAGAUAGACGAUACACCAGCUCCUGGUACAUAUUAUCCUGAAAAAGUUAAUCUUGACAAAGGGUCUGAAUUUACGAUAGGAAAAAAAAGAUGCAUUGAAAAAUUCAAUGAUGUACCAGCCCCAGGAACAUAUUCACCGGAAAAAAAUACAACUAAUCAAAGUCCUCAGUUUAGUUUUGGAUCAAAAACCACAUUAGAUAAACCUAAUGAUGUACCAGCUCCAGGCACAUAUUUUUCGGAAAGAGUAAAUCUCGGAAAAGGACCAGAAUACAGUUUUGGGCAUCGAUCCCUUGAUCAAAAAAAAAAUGACACACCAGCUCCAGGCUCUUAUAGCCCUGAAAAAGUAAAUUUAUCUAAAGGGCCUGAAUACAGUUUAGCUGGUAAAUAUAUUAAUAAAACAGCUGUUGAUGAUAAACCAGCUCCUGGAGAGUAUUUUCCGGAAAAAUAUUCAUCUGGUGUAAGCCCGAAGUACAGCUUUGGAUGUCGAACUUCUACUGAAAAAUUCGACAUAACUCCGGGACCAGGCCAAUACUACCCUGAAAAAGUCGAUUUGAAUAAAGGCCCAGAAUAUAGCUUGAGCGGAAAACAAUCAUCGACAAAGUCUAACGAUGUUCCAGCAGUGCCCGUCCUAUGUAGAUCGAACACUUUCGAUCGUACUACCGCACCACAUUGCAGUAAGAUUAGGACCGACGAAUUCGAUUCUGAACCCGCUCCAAACGUGUACAAUAUUCCAUCGGCCUUGCUGGGCGGGACGAAGGAGAGCAACAUCAAAACGGCGCCGGCAUUCUCCAUCAGUGGACGUCAAAAAGUGUUCACCGACGAUCGAGUUCUGGUGCCCGGGCCGGGCUCCUACGAAUCCAUCAAAGCUGACGCGAUUCGCUCCAAGAGUCCGGCCUACAGCAUGAGCGCGCGUUUCCAGCCUCACGGCACCGACAGCAGCCAUCAGACCCCGGGCCCGGGGGCCCAUUGUCCCGAAAAAGUAAUCUUAGACGUGCCGCCCGCUCAUACGUUUGGUAUUCGACAUUCACCUUACAUUUGCAACUUGAAAGAUGCAGUAUGUUAAACACGUUUUUCUUCGCGCUCGACGAGGUCAUUUAUUUAUGUGCCGAUAUACUUACAUCAUGCACAUUUAACGCUAUAUUUUUCUAUUUUUUAAGUUUACUUAUUAUACAUUUUAAAAAUUAGAUACUUGCGCUUGAAUGCUAAUGUUGUAAUUCAUUUCUUUCGUAAAAAAAGUUGUGUAUUAUACUACGAUACGCGUAAAAACGUGCAUCUUUCUUUAUAUUUAUUCGUUGCUGUAGAAACCAAAAUAACUGGUUUUGUAAACAUACAAAUAAUUUGAUGUUUCAUGAUGAUUUUCAUUAAUGUAAUUGGCACUCAUAAAAUUGUAAGCAGUUUAAAAUAUUAAAUUUACUUUAUUGCAUAGACAAAAUGCAACAUGGA